GAGAUUAACGUGUGACUUUGCUUCGCAGGUCUGUUCCGCGAGGCUCGAGGAAGACGCCUCCGCGAGGACUCCCGGGCGGAAGGAAGGAGGAGGAACAGACCGCCUGUUGCGUAGCGGUAGAAAACCUAGUAGUAGAGUAAGAUGCUAGUCUUCCCGUGCAGCAGCGAGCCGUCGACGACGACGAUGCUGUCGCAUCAACAGCAACUUCGUCUGCUGCUGUCGAUCCUGGUGCUGCUGUCUCCCCGGUUGCCGGUUCGCUCGACGCCGGCCGACAUAGUACAAAGGUUCCACGAUCCGGAAGUGAAGCGGAUGAACCACCUGGUCGUGGACAAGAACACCGGCCGCGUGUACGUGGGCGCGGUGAACCGGCUGUAUCAGCUCUCGCCGGACCUGAGCCUCGUGGUGAAGGAGGUGACCGGCCCGAAAGGGGACUCGACCGCCUGCUCGAUGAUCGACUGCCCCCGGGAAACGCCGACCAGGCUGGUCGACAACGUGAACAAGGCGUUGGUGAUCGACUACACGACCACCAGGCUGAUCUCGUGCGGUAGCCUGUCGCAGGGCACCUGCCGCGUGCGGAAUCUUCACAACAUCUCGGACGUGGUGCAAGAGGUGAAGGAGGCCGUGGUGGCGAACAACGCAACGGCCUCGACGGUGGCGUUCAUCGCGCCCGGUCCGCCGAACCCGCCGGUCUCUCAAGUGAUGUACGUCGGCGUGACAUUCACCGGGAACUCGCCCUACCGGUCGGAGGUGCCCGCCGUCAGCUCCAGAUCGCUGGACAAGGACAGGAUGUUGAACAUCGCGGAGGCGGCCGUCACCACCGGGACAAGGAUGUACGUGAACUCGUUGUCCCGGGAACGAUACCCGAUCAACUACGUGUACGGGUUCAGCAGCGGUGGAUUCAGCUACUUCAUGACCACCCAGAUGAAGAACACCGACACCGCGGUGUUCAUCUCGAAGCUUGUACGCGUCUGCCACGACGACGAGCAUUACUACUCGUACACGGAGAUACCGAUCAACUGCACCAACGACGGCACCUACUACAACCUGGUGCAGGCGGCGUACGUCGGCAAGGCCGGCUCGGUGCUUGCCGGCGAUUUGGGCAUCACCGCCCAGGACGACGUGCUGUUCGCCGUGUUCUCCGAGAGCAACAGCACCAACAGCGACGUGCCCAAGAACCAUUCGGCCCUCUGCGUCUACUCGUUGAAGGCCAUCAGGAGGAAGUUCAUGACCAACAUACAAAAGUGUUUCAGCGGCGAGGGCCACCGGGGUUUGGAGUACAUCUCCCCGAGUCACAAGUGCAUCUUAACGAAACUACAAACGAUCGGCGAGGAUUUCUGCGGGCUGGACGUGAAUACGCCACUGGGCGGCGAAGACCCGAUGGAAGGUACCCCGGUGCUCACCUUCAACACGCAUUUGACAGCGGUUGCCGCCACCUCGACCGGCGACUACACGGUCGUCUUCGUGGGCACGAACGAAGGCCAUCUGAAGAAGGUGGUAGUGGAGAGCUCGACCCUGGCCCUAGAGUACGGGGACCUGGAGAUCGAUCCAGAUUCCCCGGUGAACCCGGACCUGUUGUUCGACUCGCAGCUGAUGCACCUGUACGUCAUGACGCAAAAGACCGUGUCGAAGGUGAAGGUGCAGGAAUGCUCGGUGUACAAGACCUGCCUGGAUUGUCUCGGUGCCAAGGACCCGUAUUGCGGCUGGUGCUCGCUGGAGAACAAAUGCAAUCUGCGCAGCGAUUGCCAAGACGCUGCCAAGGAUCCGCUCUACUGGAUCUCAUACAAAAGCGGCAGAUGCACCACCAUCACGACCGUCACGCCGGACCAGUUGCAACGGACGACCGCCAGAACGUUGGAGCUGGUCAUCGAGAAUCUGCCGACCCUUUCCGGCCAGUUUCUCUGCGCGUUCUCCACCCUGGACAAGACCCUGAUCACAAACGCGUCGAGGAAAUCGUUCGGCGUGAACUGCACCACGCCCAGGACCGAUCUGCUGCCGUCAAUUCCGCAAGGGGAGCAUCACUUCACCGCGAAACUUUCAGUUCGAAUGACGAACGGGCCUGACCUCGUCGACACCAAUUUCACGUUCUUCGAUUGCAACACGUACAGCUCGUGCACCAAGUGCGUAUCAUCGAGCUUCCCCUGUGACUGGUGCGUCGACGGGCACAGGUGCACCCACGACACGGCUGAGAACUGUCGGAACGAUAUAUUGGUCACCGGAGUUAGCAGGACGGGCCCGAGCUACAGAAGCGGCCCGGCGUUCUGCCCGACGUUGAACGCGACUGACUCGCAGGAGAUCCUGGUGUCUUCCGGCGUGAAGAAGGUGAUACGAGUUAAAGUGCACAUCAUCGGGCAAUUCAUCGUGCAGACCCGGUUCGUCUGUCAGUUCAACAUAGAAGGUCGUGUGACGAUCGUGAACGCUCGGCUGCUCGCGGACACGAUUUACUGCGAGGAGACAGAGUUUUCCUACACGUCCCGAGCGCCCAACAUCACCGUGCCGUUCGCGGUGAUCUGGGGCGGCUCGAAACCUUUGGACAACCCGCACAACAUCCAUCUGGUGAUAUACCGGUGCCGCGACAUGGCCGACAACUGCGGAAUGUGCCUGACCCUGGCGCCCAAGUACGACUGCGGAUGGUGUCAGAGCACGGACAGAUGCGAGGUGAAGGACAACUGCGAACGCAACACGGGCAUGUGGUUGAAUAGCAACCAGACCUGCCCCAAUCCCGAGAUACACUCGUUCGAGCCGGUUAUGGGGCCUUGGGAAGGUAACACGAACGUGACGAUACGCGGCAUCAACUUGGGUCAGACGUUCAUGGACAUCUACCGCGGCGUGAUGGUCGGUGGAUUACCCUGCCUGCCGUAUCAGGAACUCUACAUGCGCACAAAGCAGAUCGUCUGCCGGGUGGACGGUCCAGGUACACCAGAGGGCAAACGCGGACCAGUAAUCGUGAGAAUCGAAGACUUUAGGGGCCAAUCCGAGUACAAUUUCGAGUUUGUGGAUCCUCAGAUUCUCUCCAUAUCGCCGAAAUAUGGGCCUAUGAGCGGUGGGACCACCGUGAGGAUCACCGGCAAAUAUAUGAACGCCGGCAGCACCAUCAAGGCAUUCAUCGACGAGUUACCGUGCUCCAUAAUCAGCGCAGAGAUGAACGAGGCGCUCUGCAUGACCAGCGCCAGCGAUCACAAAAGAAACGGCACGGUCAAGAUGACGUUCGACGGCGCGUUCCGAAUUUACAGUGGAACGUUCGAGUACGCGGACGAUCCAACGAUCGAAAGCGUGGAGAGCGGCGUCGCGGGCCAGAUGAAAAUUCCAAAGGGCAUACCAGCAGGAGGAAUAAAGAUCUCGGUAACUGGCAAAAACCUCGGCUACAUUCAGAGUCCGCAGAUGUACGUGUACCACGACGAGAAGAUGUUCGUGUCGCAAUGCGAGGUGCAUAGCCAAGAGAGCAUGAUCUGUAAAUCGCCGACCAUCGAAGUUCCAGACAAUGUUGUCCUGGACGCGGAAAAACCGUUGAUGUUGGAAUACGGCUUCCGUAUGGACAACGUGACAGGCGUGCAGAAUCUGUCGCAACACGGAUUCAACCAUUUUCUCCUUUAUCCGAAUCCUAUAUACGAAGUGUUCGACGAAGAGAUCAAGUAUUACAAGAGCGACUACCUGACCAUCAAUGGCCAGCAUCUGGAUCGUGCUUGCCAGGAAUCAGACGUGACGGUGCAAAUAGGAAACGCAUUCUGCAACGUUACCUCGCUGUCCAGGCAACAGCUCACCUGCAGGCCACCUCUGACACAACCGCCAGCCAUCGACUCCGAUGGUUUCCCGAAUAAGCAAGAACUGCCCGAGGUAAUCGUGAUCGUGGGCGGCACACUUCGUUACAACAUAGGGAAACUGAGCUACGCACUGCCAGCCGGUCUUAACGGGCCGCUAUCGAAACCAGCUCUGAUCGGGGUGAUCGCCGCAAUUGUGAUCCUAGUGUUCGUGUUCAUCGCCUUCCUCAUUGCGUACCGGCGCAAGUCCACGGAAAGCAAUCGGGUACUGAAGAACAUGCAAGAGCAAAUGGACAUUCUGGAGCUUCGUGUCGCGGCUGAAUGUAAGGAAGCGUUCGCCGAGUUGCAAACGGAGAUGACGGAUCUCACGGGCGACUUGACCAGCGGAGGUAUACCUUUCCUCGAUUAUCGAACCUACGCCAUGAUGAUAUUGUUCCCGAGCGACGACAAUAGCCCGGUCCUGCAAUGGGAUCGACCGGAAUUGGCGCGCAAAGAGAAAGGAUUGCGCUUAUUUGGACAACUGAUCAUGAAUAAAACGUUCUUGCUCCUCUUUGUAAGAACUCUCGAGAGCAAUCGAUACUUCUCGAUGAGGGACAGGGUGAACGUAGCUAGUCUUAUUAUGGUUACGCUUCAGAGUAAGAUGGAAUAUUGUACAGAUAUCCUGAAGACCCUUUUGGCAGAACUGAUUGAGAAAUGUACGGAAGGAAAGAGCCAUCCGAAACUCUUCCUUAGACGAACGGAAAGUGUCGCUGAAAAGAUGUUAUCAGCUUGGUUCACUUUCCUCCUGUACAAGUUCAUGCGAGAAUGUGCCGGAGAACCAUUGUAUGUACUAUUUCGCGCGGUAAAACAACAAGUCGAUAAGGGUCCUGUCGAUGCCAUCACGUCUGAAGCACGAUACUCAUUGUCAGAAGAGAAACUGAUCAGACAGUCCAUUGACUUCAAACCAAUGACGGUUUACGUGUCUAUAUCUCAACAAACGGUCUUCGUCGGUGGUAUGGAUCCAAAUACAGAAAACGUACCAGUCAAGGUUCUUGACUGCGACACGAUAUCUCAAGUGAAGGAAAAGGCAUUGGACACGAUCUACAGAGCUACGCCUUAUAGCCAGAGGCCAAGAAAAGACGAUCUUGAUCUUGAAUGGCGAACUGGAGCAUCCGGCAGAUUGAUCCUUUACGACGAGGACUCGACGACAAAAACGGAGGGCGAAUGGAAGAAACGGAAUACGCUGAACCAUUACAGGGUACCAGAUGGAGCGUCGCUCAACUUAGUUUCCAAGCAAUCGUCAAUCUACAAUCUAUCGAUCCUUUCCGAGAAGACGGACAAAUCGCACAAAUACGAAACUCUAAACCUUAGUAAAUUUAGUUCAGCCAGUCCUCCGCUCUCGCGUGCCACGUCGCCGUUAAAUCAAAAUCACGACGGUGGUUUGAAGUGUUGGCAUCUCGUCAAGCACCAUGACUCGGAUGCACGAAAGGAAGGGGACCGUGGGAACAAAAUGGUGUCAGAGAUCUACCUGACGAGGCUACUAGCCACAAAAGGUACUCUUCAGAAGUUCGUCGACGACCUGUUCGAAACAAUCUUUAGCACUGCCCAUCGAGGAUCAGCUCUUCCCCUCGCGAUCAAAUACAUGUUUGACUUCAUGGACGACCAAGCGCUGCAGCACGGCAUAUCCGACCCUGAAGUCGUUCACACAUGGAAGAGCAACUCGCUUCCGCUCAGGUUUUGGGUGAAUCUCAUUAAGAACCCGAACUUUAUCUUCGAUAUACACAAGUCCAACAUCGUGGACUCGUGUCUAUCCGUCGUCGCGCAAACAUUUAUGGACAGUUGUUCCACUUCCGAUCAUAGAUUAGGUAAGGACUCGCCGAGUUCUAAACUACUUUAUGCAAAGGACAUUCCAGUGUACAAAGAGUGGGUAGAACGUUAUUAUGCAGAUAUCAAAGUGAUGCCAGCCAUAUCCGAUCAAGACAUGAACGCCAUGCUUGCCGAAGAGUCUAGGUUGCAUACGACAGAGUUCAACACGAAUUGUGCCCUGUACGAAUUAUACACGUACGCGAGUAAAUACAACGAACAGCUGAUAGUUACUCUGGAGGAAGACGAGUUCUCACAGAAGCAAAGAUUGGCGUACAAGCUCGAACAGGUACACAAUAUAAUGGCGGCGGACAACCCCUGAUGUACCAUGAACUCUAUGAAGCAUAUGACAAAGCCCGCCCGCCAAGAGUUGCCCUGCUGAAUAUUCUACUGCAGUUAGGUACUCUUAACGAAGCACCAAGAGGACUGGCCUAUGUUGUAAUCGAUCGUCUCAGGUUUCCGUGCAAGCCAGUUAUCUCAGCUUAGUACGCGAAUUAUUAAUACAAGAAGAAAUUACGGACCGCUAAACAAUAUAUUCGAACGAAGAGAAGUAUUAAAAAAAAAAAAAGAUGUCUACGAGGACUGAAGUGUUUCUGUGACAAAGUCUUCUGAAUUUGGUCGCUGGCUGGUAGGUGUGGCGGUAAUCACAACGGCGCAUCGUCACGCAUAAUUGUAUAUAAAAUACCAAAAUCACGAUUAAUUGUAAUGGAAUUAUCGACCGUGCAUUCACACCGGCCCCGGCGGCCACGCAGCCACACACAACAGAUGAAAACUGAGAAAUCUUUCGCGCGCUAUGAAAUCAUCGUGGCGACGAUUUGCACGCCGCGACAGGCGGAUAGGGUUUUAAAACGAACGAAAAAAAAAAAAAAAAAAAAAAAAAAAA